AUUCACGUGAUUCCUGCAUGCACGUUGAGUGUUUACAAAUGGGAGAUAACAUAAAAACAUAUAGUGCUUAAUAUUCAAUUGAUUCCUUCACCAAAUCAGACCAAGAUAGCCGAUCUUAACUGCUCCUUCCUUCAUCCUUCAAGUUUUAGAAUGGUCAAUUGUGCAUGCAUUUUCGGUACAUAAAUCUCCUUUUAAACAUUGGAAAACACCUGAAAUUGUUAUUUCUAUGUGAAGCAAUGAGCAAUUCACAAGAGCAUGUAUUUUGCAUCUAUGAUUCCCGAGAGAGUACUCGACUUUUCAUGCAUUUGUCAUGAAAAUUUUAUCGCCGACCGUUUCCAUUUUUCAUUUUAACGCUCAGGCCCUCGAAAGCGUCUCGAAAUGUGCGUAGGUUUUCAAAGUUAUUCAUCAACGGAAAGGCGCGAUAAUCUUUCCUUGCAAACGUUAAAAAAAUCUAUCGUAUUUUUAUUUAAUAUCCUGCGAUGUUUACGUUUGCCUAUGGUAGUAUAUAAUGACUUUAAGAAACGUUAUUGGAAAAUGAUGAAUUAAUUCGUAAAUCAUCUCACAAAAUAUUGCUUAAGGCUUCUAUUGUAAUUGAUUAAACAAAACGUCAGAACUCGUCAGACAAACGUUUUCACGAUAGCUGGAAAACAAACAACGCGACUAAAGACAUCUGCGGAGAUUUGGAUUUGGGGCAAUUCUUUCUACUUCAAAAUUUGCACUAUAAAACCAUCGAUACAAUAAAAUCCUUUUCCGGAUCGCCCGACCUUCUCGCGUCCGGAAGUUUUAAAGGCUAUUCUCCAUUACCGUUCGCUGAAUAGAUGAACAUCUGUCCCAAUCAUAUGUUGACUUACCCACGUUAAACUCGAAAAUAUUUACAAACGUCGUAUUGAGAGCGAAAACAAGUAGCUACAUAUAUAUUGGUUCACGCUCAUGAACAGAAAGACGAGGGAAACGUCCGAAUGUGCGCUCACCACGAAGAAGUUAGCGUUCCAGAUUGCGCUGAAGAGAUUGUGAUUCAUUGCUAUAUGUAAUUGACUAGAACUACCGAGUGCUUUGGGAAUCAUCCAAGAAGGAAAUUUCGACUGCAACGAGUUAAAAUCAGCUUUGCCGAGGCUUUGAAUGUAAAGUGGAGUGGUCGCGUUUGAUGUAGGGAAAUCAAGAUUGUGCGACCAUGAUGAUGGAUCAAUUUAACCAUUCCUUGUUCAAUUCAAGUUUUUACCCAACUGAUUUUGGCAAGGUGACUGCUAAUGUGUACAUCAUUUGUGAAAUAACCUUGGCGUCGCUGGCACUAUUGUUUAAUUCUACUCUUCUGUUUGUUUUGUACAAAGAUCCGCUCAAACGAUUUCGGGAUUCGUUUAAUAUAUUUUUAACAAGUUUAACGUUUGCAAACACAUUGACCGUUACAUCCUUACUUCUGUCCAAAGUUCUUCCGCUCGUGACAUACCCGCUUCCGGCCGUCGCCGAAGCAGUGCUCGGCAGCGCUCUCGUUUCCGGGACACAGUCAUCGUUUCUGGUCGUGACCUGUAUCACUCUCGAUCGCCUGGUAGGCGUCGCGUUUCCGUUUCGCCACAAAUCUCUCGUGACCAAGCGUCGCGCGUGUUUUGCGAAUCUCGCGAUUUGGUGCGUGUCGAUCUCACUCGAUCCAAUCCUCUAUAGGCAGGUCAUGUUUCGCGUCGCGUGGUUUCAAUUAUACGCCGCUGAAAUACUCUGCCUUUGUCUCAUCAGUCUGAUUGUCUAUCCUAUUACGCUCAUGAAGUUUCUCCGGGGUGAAGCCCGCAGGACAAAAGUUAUGUCGCCUAGCAAGUCAUGGCGCGCAGAGAGACUCACACGGAAACGUCAUCUGACGUGUACAGUUCUUUUAAUAACCGUUACCAUGGUAAUAUUCACAGUCCCAUACAUCAUCCUAAGCGUGUUUGUCUGGAUUGAUUGUAUUGGCUGUCUUUUGGCCCCGGCAUUCCUGGAACUACUCGUUCUUUAUCCCAUCGUAUAUGCUGGCCAUUUUGGACUCAAUCCUUUUAUUUAUGCAUGGAGGCUGCCCGACUACAGACGUUCGCUAGUCUCCUUGGCUUGCAUGCGUCAGAUUAGAUCAAACCAGAUCUAAUCGUUCGCCUUUAGCUGAUAAACAAGUACGAUCGUACUAUUGGACCAGGAACUGGUGAAGUAUAGAUUCAAUCUUUCUCUCCAGGAUGAAAUUUCAAAUAUCUAUGAACCUAGGCAAUCUUGCGGUUAUGUUAAAAUUAUCGCUUUUCUACAGUUUUCAUCUGCCUUUUCAAAGACAUUUAAAAUAUGCCGAGUUGCACAUCUAUGUCCUAAUCUAUGCCGCUGUAGCUGGCGAGAAGCUAGCGUUGCGUGCACCGUGCCACUGUCAUUAUAGUCGUUUUUUAUGUAUAUGUAUGCUGGGCAAACCCUAA